AAGUAUAUGUAUGCUGCUCGUCUCUGAGAUGAUGCCCAGAGAGCUCUCCGCCUUUCUUAGCCUCCUCGCUGCUUCACGACUGCCACAAUGUUCAGUGCUCAGUUCGUUCUUGGCGCGUCUCUCCUGACUGGCGCUAUCCUUACCCAGGCCUUCGACGGCUCGCGGUAUGAUAAUGUUGCUGUUUACUGGGGUCAGAAUUCUCACGGUGCGGCGGAUGCCGCGGACACUGCUGACUAUCAGAAGACUCUGUCCUACUACUGCGAGGACGAUGCAAUCGAUGUAAUCCCCAUCGCGUUCGUCUAUACGUUUUUCUCCACCGGUGGCCUUCCUGCUAUCAACUUGGCCAAUACAUGCAACCCUACAGACAACUCCACUUUCAGCGGCACCAAUUUAGCGGAUUGCUCUGCCCUAGCUUCCGACAUCGAGACUUGUCAAGCCAAGGGCAAAAUCCUCACGAUCAGCCUCGGUGGGGCGGGCGGGAGUGUAGGGUUCACCGAUGAUUCCGAGGCGGAGACAUUUGCGGACACUAUCUGGAACCUUUUCUUGGGUGGUUCGUCGGACACGAGGCCUUUUGGCUCUGCUGUCCUUGAUGGAGUGGACUUGGACGUUGAGAGCGGUGGAAGCACUGGCUAUGCUGCUUUCGUCACGCGUAUUCGGUCGUAUACUGACAGCGCAAGCAAGACUUACUAUAUCACUGCAGCCCCCCAAUGCGUUUACCCCGACAGCGCCUUGGGCGGUGUACUGAAUGCUGUUGGCUUCGAUGCUGUCUAUGUUCAAUUCUGUGAGAAUAACCAGUGCGGACUUCAGAACUUUGGCACUGCUUCCGAUUGGGACUUCGGCCUUUGGGAUAACUGGGCCAGGACCGUCAGCCCGAACCCAGACGUUAAGAUCUACAUUGGUGCCCCCGCUUCGAGCACGGCGGCGGGUGGCGGAUACCAGGACAUCAGCACCCUUAGUAGCAUUGCCGUUCAGAUGAGGAAUAGCUACCCCUCUUUCGGUGGCGUGAUGUUGUGGGAUGCUUCGCAGGCUUAUCCUAACGACCGCUACGACCUCGCAAUCAAGAACGCGCUUGUGGCUGCUGGUGGGACUGGGUUCACAUACCCCGCUUGCUCUGCUGCUGCGUUCUCUUCGGGAACAUCAUACUCUGGUGGCUCUCAAGUCUCGUACGGCGGAUACAUCUGGGAGGCGAAAUGGUAUGCCACCGCUACUCCCGCCAACGACCCCAACAGCGACUGGAGUGCAAUCUCUGCAUGUGGUGGCGGUAGUGUCUCGGCCACCACGACUUCGAAGGCUACCCUUACCACUACGACCACGGCCCCAACGGGUACGACGACGACGACGACGUCAGCCGCUGCCACAACAACCUCUGCCUCCUCUGGCACCUGCGCCGGAAUCUCCGCAUGGAGCAGCAGUGUCGCCUAUGUCGGUGGAUCGCAAGUAACUUACAAUGGCGACGUUUGGACCGCUUCCUAUUGGACAGAAGCUGACACGCCGGGAGGCUCAGCUGGCGUCUGGGUCGACGGUGGGGCAUGCACAACGGCGGGUACUCUCAAGUCUGCCGUCUCUGGCACACCCGUCGCGUCGGCGUCGAGCGCUGCGUCUUCGACCGCAAGCGUGAAGGCUAGUGCGUCGACUUUCAGCGCAUCGAAGGCCAGCGCCUCCUCAGCUGUCUCGGCGAAGGCUGAGAGCACGCCCAAGGCUAGGAACUUGAACUCGCGCUUCUUCCGUCUCUGAUCCUCCGGGUUCAGUGACCGGGGAACUUCAUGCAUUUAUAAAUUAUCUAUCUUAUUGGUCUUUCUCGCUAUCGCUGCAUCAUGAUACGUUCGCAUCUUUUUGGACUAGGGUGUGGGGUGGUAGGGUGGUGUCGUGGUUUGGGAUAGAAGCGGGUCUGUAGGUGACGAAUCUAGUGACGAAUUGUACGUUUCGCUUGGAACGAUUAUACUUAUCUGUGC